AUGAAAGACCAGAUCAAUCCUUCUCGCUCACAAAGGCCUGCCAAAGGAUUUCGGAUAAAAAGAGAAGAGACUUCAAGACCAUUACUAAAUACUUACACAAGAAGGUUUAAUAAGACAUCGAACUCUAAUAUCAGCAAGGUGUUUGAAUGAUCUCUUUUAGAAUUUCCAAGCCACCCAAAACUGCAAAACAAAAUCAAGUAUCAAACGAAUUGGAAGUCACCAAACUAGCAAGGAAAUCUCCUUCAUUAACUCAAAUAACAAGAUCGGGAUGUCACCAGAGGAAACUGAAGUUUCCCCCAAAUCUAAAAACCAAAAAGGUUGUAAAUUAUCUAAAAGAGAGACUCCUAGUGAGGAAAGUAUCGGGAGCUUGAGCCCAAUAAACUUAAAGCCAGUGAUGAACUCGAAUAUAGCAAACUCCACUAUCAGAUUUCAAAAGAUCACCAAUCUCUUAGUUGAUAAAGGACAUCUUGACGCCUCUGUGAACUCAAUGAGGGAAAGCAUUAGCCCAUCCGGCCCUAAAACUUUUCAGAUUUCAAGACUCAAUAGGAGUCGGGAUGAACUAGCUAACUCGAAACCAGAAGGAGAUGUAAUGCAAUCCUCCCCAUACUGCAAGGAGCAUAGUAGAGUGAGAGGAAAAUAAGCCAAACAUCAAAGAACCCACUCUCAUCAGCUUAGAUCUCGAGACUCCUCAAGAGCGAGGAGACAGUCUAACAAAGCCAAAGAAUAACUCAAUAAAGUAUCUAACAAGUGACAAGAAGCCUUUAAAGCCCAAGUUUUUAGCUCGAGCUUCAGGCUUAAAAACCAAAGUAGAGUCUUAUCUUUCCCAUAAAAGUGGUCAAAACUCUUCUAAAUUCAGAGUUAACAAAGCAAAUGAGAAGGAAAGAUUAAACAAAACCGACCUGAUAAAUAUGUUCCAUGGCACUAAGCAUGAGCUACAUUGCACUAAAGAGAAGUCAGGCGAUCCGGAGGCUCGGCAAGUCGAACAGGUUGAAAAUAAAGUAGACUUUGCUCAAACCCUCCCACUUCCUUUGAAAAAUGUGCUAGAAAAAGAAGAGGCUGAAAAAAUUCCAGCUAACAAAUCUGGGCUUGAAAAAUAUUUGAAACAUAGAUCUAUCCCAAGAGAUGAAAAAUAUGAUAAAUCUGUAAAAUUGUCUGACAGAUUAGCUCAUAAAUCACAAGGGUCUCAGCUAGCCUGACCUCAGCAAGAACAUUUAGAGCCAUCAUCAGCCUUGAUACAAGCAGAAAAUAUAUUGAACUGAAUCGAACACGAGUCUCAUGAGUUAUCUCAUAAUACUGAGAAGGUCAAGAAAUGUACAGAAGAUAUUCCUAAAAAGACCUGCGAUCCCUCUUCAAAAUAUAGAGAACUGAAGAACAGCCCAAGCAGAGAUAUUCUAGACUCUUAUGGCUUAUCAGAGCCAUUGUCAGAUAGAGUUUUACAAAACAGCCAAAGCUGAGAAAACGUACUCUUUCAACACUCAGAUCUCAAAAAUCAUGAUUUCACCAAACUCGAGUCAAUUGCAGAGAAAGAUUUCGAAGAAAAAGAAGAAUUUAGAAUUAAAUGGGAAAGAUACACAAACCUAAUCAAUGAGAUCAUGCAGGAUCGAAAAUACAAAAAUGCAUCCCUCAAAUCUCUCGAACAAACCUUUCCAAGAUCCAUAGACUUCUUCAAGAUCAAACUCGAAGAGACAAAUUUGACAAACGAGCACGAAAUAGUAUCCAGAUUCCAAAAUUCUAUUUUCAAAAAUUUCAUGAACCUUUUUGAGGCUAAAGAAAACCUUGAAAAGCAAAUAGAAUCUCUCAAGUCAAAGAUUUCUUCGCUAGAAGACAAUUUACUACAACAGGAAUGCAAGCUUUCAACAUUCAAAGAAGUUGAGGGAUCCCUCGACCGUGUUAACAAAUUUAUAGAAGAAAUCUCAUGAAACCUUCUUGCAAAAAGCUUUAACCCAAAAGUUGACCAUAAAGUUGUUACUUGGCUUAGAAAUAUUUACGGCGACAAGAUUUAUCCAAGCUCAAAUAGCUUGAAGAGAAAGAGAUCGAAAUAAGUCAGGAAAAUCUUGAUCAAAGAAUCGACAAAGGAAACCUAAUAAAUUGAUUUCAGAAGUUCUUCAAAUUGUCUCCCAAAUUUUGGAAACUUCACCAGAACCAAAAAUAAGUAGCCAUGCUUCUAAACUAGAGUACAUCAAAGCAAGGCUGGUAUCUGAGCUAGCUCAGAACUCAGAAAAGUCUCUUGAAGAUGUGUCGUUUUUCUCUGAAAUUCCAAGAUCUUCAAAGAAACUGCAGACAAGACUCCUCCAAACCAAUGAAGAGGGUGAAGAAUUUGGAGUAAAGGAAAUGCAAUCUUACUAUGAUACAAUGACUAUCAACAGUGAUACAAUGGACUACAGACUAAGCCUUGAUUUCUCAGAUAAAAAGACAGUCAAGCCUAAUCAAUUUCUUCCAAGACUUCAACUUCAAAACCAAAUCGGCUGCUCUGAUUUGAUCUCAAUGUUGAGAGUUCAAGCUGGUCUUCUUGAGAAAGCUCAACCAGAGUCUUCUUGCCGUCCAACAUUUCUGGAAAAGUUCAAAUCUCAGCUAAAAGUUCAGUCUCCUGCUCGCACAACCAGGAAGAAAAAUCUGACAAAGCAAGAAGUUGAGCUAAAAUCCCAAAAUUUCAUUUGUGGAAAAACCAAAAACCAAAAAUCUCUUGAAAGAGAGCCAGCAGUGAGCCUGGCCACUCACCGUAAUAAUUUCUACACUGAUCUGACGUAUGCGUCUGACCCUGAGCCAGACGGAACUCCUCCAGCUCCGCUGAAGGGUCCUGACCGGGUGAAGAGGUAGGUGAAAGUUAGAUAAGGUCAGUUUUUA